AUGCUGCUGCGCUCCACGCGGGGGCUGCCGCUGCCGCCGCCGCCGCCGCCGCCGCUGCUGCUGCUGCUGCUCCUGGGGCCGAUCGAUCCCUUCUCCCCCGGCGCCCUGGCGGGACCUGCGCCGGCCGAGGACGCCGUGGAGCUGGACUUCUCCACCGAGCGGCCGCUGCACCUGGUGAGUCCCGCGUUCCUGUCCUUCACCAUCGACGCCAACCUGGCUACAAACCCGCGGUUCCUCACCUUCCUGGGUUCUCCAAAGCUUCGUACUUUGGCCAGAGGUUUGUCCCCUGCGUACUUGAGGUUUGGCGGCACCAAGACAGACUUCCUAAUUUUUGAUCCCAAGAUGGAACCAACCUUUGAAGAGAGAAGUUACUGGCAAUCUCAAGUCAACCAGGAUAUUUGCAAAUCUGGAUCCAUCUCUUCUGAUGUAUAUAAAAGGUUACAGCUGGAAUGGCCCUUCCAGGAGCAAUUGCUGCUCAGAGAACAAUACCAGAAAAAGUUCAAGAACAGCACCUACUCAAAACCCAACAGCUUCCGGAAGAAGGCUGGUAUUUUCAUUGAUGGACUGCAGUUAGGAGAAGAUUUUACUGAGUUGCAUAAACUUCUAGGAAAGUCCACUUUCAAAAAUUCAAAACUUUAUGGUCCUGAUGUUGGUCAGCCUCGAGGAAAGACUGUUGAGAUGCUGAGGAGUUUCUUGCAGGCUGGUGGAGAAGUGAUUGAUUCAGUUACAUGGCAUCACUACUAUUUGAAUGGACGAAUUGCUACCAAGGAAGAUUUUCUAAACCCUGAUGUACUGGACACUUUUAUUUUAUCUGUGCAAAAAGUUUUCCAGGUGGUCGAGGAGACCAGACCCAGCAAGAAGGUCUGGUUAGGAGAGACAAGCUCUGCGUAUGGGGGAGGAGCACCCUUGCUGUCCAACACCUUUGUAGCUGGCUUUAUGUGGCUGGAUAAAUUGGGCCUGUCAGCCCAAAUGGGCAUAGAAGUGGUGAUGAGACAGGCGUUCUUCGGAGCUGGGAACUACCAGUUAGUGGAUGGAAACUUUGACCCUUUACCUGAUUAUUGGCUAUCUCUUCUGUUCAAGAAACUGGUUGGCACCAAAGUAUUGAUGGCAAGUGUGAGAGACCCAGACCAAAGCAAACUUCGAGUAUACCUUCACUGCACAAACAUCAACCAUCCAAGGUAUAAAGAAGGAGAUUUAACUCUGUAUGCCUUAAACCUCCAUAACGUCACCAAGCGGUUGCAGUUACCAUAUCAUUUAUUUAACAAACAAGUGGAUAAAUACCUUGUAAAACCUUCAGGACCUGAUGGAUUACUUUCCAAAUCUGUCCAACUCAAUGGUCAAACUCUGAAAAUGGUGGAUGAUCAAACUCUGCCAGCUUUGAUGGAAAAACCUCUCCGCCCAGGAAGUUCACUGGGCUUGCCACCUUUCACGUAUGGGUUUUUUGUGAUAAGAAAUGCCAAAGUUGUUGCUUGCAUCUGAAAAUGAAAGUCAUACCCCAGCCCUGAGCCUGAAUUUUUCAAGCUUAUUGAUAAGAGUAAAGCAAAAUUCAGGCUAUAGGAAGGCAAGCAGCUAUGUCACAAAUCUAACGGGAGCUUCAGUGACAUUGGGACACUCACAGUGCUAGAUUUAGCACAGUAUUUUGAUCUAAGUAGAACACUGCUAAUAAGAAUAGCUAAUAAUACUAUGUGCCAAACGCUAUGCUUAGCAUUUUGCAUGUGCUAUUUUUAUUUAAGGUUAUUAAAAAUGUAUGUAAAUGCUCCCAAUAUGGCCAGGAGGCAAGUAAGUGAAGGAUAUAUUAUUAGUUUUAAGAAAGUGCUUAGUUGUUUUUAUUUUAAAAACCAGUUAAGAGAAGAUUGUCAGAUUCUUUCUUUCACAUGCUAUCUCUAUGGGCUCCUACUGGAGAAAGUUUACUACCACAAUCUUGAAACUGGUUGUAAAAGAGAAACUAUUUGCACCUUACACAGAGCUAGGUUCAGCUGCUGCUUCUCUUCUCUCUGUUUUGUUUGUCUUUGUCAGCAAUAAUAUACAAUGUGACAGUAUUUUUAAGAAAUGGUUAGUGACAAUUUAGAGGAAAGGAAUUAUGUAAACUUCAAAGGAAAUUUUUAAAUGACUGUAAAUGAAAUUGAUGUACCAAGAGGAGAAAUUUUAGAAAACAUCCAGUACAUUAUAACCGUCUGUCAAUGUUUGCUUUUUUGCUACCUUUAGAUCUUAUUUCAGUUGGGAAGAUUU